ACGGCUAGGCAGGCUCAGCUGAUGGUGAGUCAGAACCAAUCUCUCUCUGGCUUUCGCUACUGUAUGAACCUGUAAACGUUGCUCGAGCACUCUGCACUAUUCUGCAGCACAUGGACCGCUUUCCGGCUCAGAUUCUGCAGUGUGCACUGUGCAAUAAUAAUCCAUCUGGGAGACGUGUGUUUUUUCUAGCGAAGUUAUAGAAUACUAGUAAUGGAAGUUAAUUCGUUACUUCCGUGGCUAUUGACUGGACGGACGUCGCGGAACCGUUAGUCACAGACACAGUAAUCGUUUUUGCUAUAACCGAUGGGAAACAUUCGUGAGCAUUCCGAGAAUUCCAGAGCCAUCACAAAAUCCGGGGUUCUAGUUCUUUUAAUGGAAUCAAGUGCAUUGGGAAAUCAUGAAUAUGGAUCACGGCACCAACCGCACGAAUGCAACAGACUCCUGGAUCUUUCCAGAUAUUCCCACAUCUGGUAUUCGCAUCAUCUACCUGGAGCAGUGGGAACCGUGGGCCAGUCAAUCACACGGCGGUGUCCAUAAAGCAUUACGGACCGAUACGGGUGAAAUAAUUGUUGUUAAGACGGUCGACGUGGAUGGAAGGGGUGAUAUGUCCUGGAAGGAGGACAACGAAACGCGAAACGGCCUACUUGAUACUCUCAAAUCGCAUUUUGAGUUCAUAAAACACCUGCGCCAUCCGAACAUCGUGCACCAUCUGCAUUACCAAGAGCAGAUGAAGGGAGAACAACGACUGUAUGGCUUUGAAAUUUUCAUGGAGCUUUUCGGAAGGAGCACACUGCAUAACAUGGCCUGCUCAGUGGAGCUUACCUCCGUACAAAUCCAACACAUAAUGCGACAGGUUGUCGACGGUCUGGCCUAUCUGCACGAACACCAUUGUGCUCACCGUGACCUUCGAGGUUGUAACAUCCUGGUGGCGCCAACAGGAACGAACGAAUACAAAGUAAAAUUAGCGGGUCUGGGAAACAUCAAAGACGCGACCGGUAAAUGGGCUUAUCGUCGCGAUUACAGAUACAUUCGUUUUUUCGCGCCGGAGCGCCUCUUGUUCGACCGUAGCCCGCCGCGAUACCAACCACCGGGAGCAGCGAGUCGGCGAAACAAGCGCCUGGACGUGUGGAGUUUAGGGUGCGUUGUCCUGGAGGUGGUGAAUCGAGGCUGGCCGGAAUACUUUAAAACAGAUUACCAAGGUCAGCGGGUGAAACUGGAGAUGGACAAUGUGGUUGGCCUCCUGUGUGUCGUUAUAGAACAGGAGGGCUCGCCGGAAAUCUCCGAUGCAUUACCGGAAGCAGUGCGCAGUUUUAUUGAGAAAUGCCUGGUCCGUGAGCCGCGCAAUCGCCCGAAGGUGGAGGAUCUUAAAGGGCAUGAAUUUCUGACUGCGCCAGAGGAUGUUGUUGGGAAUUGGAUACUGCCUCCGCGCACAGUUUCACGCGACGAUUUUGUUUAUUAACUGUUGUACAUACGUAGUUUUGCGCUAGUUAUCACCAGGAGUGCCCUUACAGUUUCACUUCACAUUCUGAUAAUUUGCAUUUAGUUACGUAUUCCUACUGUAACUAUUUUUUUCUAAUAACGUUGCGAUACUACAUAUUUAAAUCUCGAAGUGUUAUGUUUUAAAUCUUACAGUUUUUAAAGCAAAGUGUCAUAUAAUUAGACUUGCGUAAUCUGCCAGUUAUUCUAUUAUUAUAAUUUUGCUGAUUCGCAAAGCAUUUUGUAUGAAAUCCUGUCGGUGCCGGUCUUCGGCACAUGUUGAAAUAUACUGCAAUCUGAGGCUUUGCUCCGAUGAAGAGCUUUAUUGGGUCACCAUAAGAAAGAAAGCAACACCUUGAA